AUGGCCACAACGUACAAUAGUCGAUCUACUAUUCGUCCAGCUGAUUAUCUAGUAGACAAACGACGCGCAGAGGAAAUGGAGCGAAGUCGAAUGGUUGAAACCACUCAAUAUUACGCUAAGGCUGCUCUUCAGUCUACAUUCGAAGACCAAAGCGCCGCUUCCGUGAAAAGGAAUGCGAUCCGUAGACGUGUUGAUGAACUAAAAGGGCAAGAAGUCGCUGCAUUGGAAUCCAGACGUGAAAAAUUACGAAAAAUGUUAUUAGCCGAUGAAGAUCUGUACGAGCGAGAACUGGUUGCUUCUGAAGAAUCCACUGAACAUCGAAUUGAAGUCAUGAGGGCACGGGUCAAGGAGCUUAAGGAUAGGAGGGAGCAAGAAAGGAAGGCUAUUGUCGAGGAAAAGCUUAUGCAGAGAUGGAGAAACGAGUGCGAUGAUUUACGAGCACUAGAAUCCAAAGUAAUAGUAAAAGCCGUGACAGAUGCCCGUAGUGCUCAACUAGUGGAACAUGAAGAGCGCAAAGUUGAAGAAGCUGAAGAACGAAAGAAAUACGAUGCACUAUGGGAAGCAGAUCGCCAAAAGAAGAUUGCGCGUGAAGAGGCCGACAAGUCUCGUCAACGCGACUUAAAUGAACAAAUGUUGACUAUGCUAGACGAACAAAUGGCUCAAUUACGAGUGCAGGCUGAACAGGAAGAGGAAUUGAAACCCGAACACGAAGCCCAAACAGCCGAAGCAGCCCGUCUUCGCAUGAAGAAGGAACACGAACAACGACUAGUCCGUACCGAACUAGACCGGUUCAAUAAAGCCAAGAUUGCACAGCGUGCUAAAGAUGCUCGCGAAUCUCUAGAAAUGGAUUUGAAGAUUGUGUCAGAGUUUUUGGAAGCUGAUGCUAAAGACAAGGCCGCCAAGAGCGCCAAGAAGAAGGCGUUAAGAGAAGAGAUGCUCUCGUAUCGAGAUUCGUUGGUUGCGCAGCGUGAGACUGUUAAGGAGCGUGAGAAGGAGAUUGAUGCUAGGUAUCGGGAGGAGGAAGAGAAGAUGUGGAAACUCCGUGCUGAGAAAUGGCAACGUGAGCAACGAGCUCGCGAUAAACUCAUGCAAGAAGUCAUUCAAUCCCGUCAAGAACAAUUACGCCUUCAAAUGGACCAAGUCCGCUUCAAACAAGAACAAGCACGUUUGGAAUCCGCCGAAAUCCGUCGUCGCAUUGAAGCAACCCGCGCAGCUGAAGCGCAUGAACGUGCCGCUGUCAUGGAACGACGAGACAAGUAUAAAGAAACACUGGGACAACAAGUUGCUGCUUUGAAUGUCCGUCGUGGUGAAGAAAGGAGACGAGUUGAAGAUGAAACGAUAGCUGAUCGUGCUGCACAGGCUUCUUAUGAGGCCUUGCUGAAGAGUGAAUUGGAAAGGGCUUUGAGGGGCGAAUCUGCUAGGUAUACUUCUCGGUUGAGAGCAUACCAGAGUGUGCCUAGGAAGCCGUCAAAUGUAUAA